CAGGUGCUCUAUUUGUCUCACUUUUUGUCUAUUGAUGAUUUUGCUUUUAAUCAGAAUAUCAUGCUGAUUACAUUUCAAUAAUAUGUCAAAGGAAAUUACUGAAGGUACAGUUGAAGAUUUAGAUAAAGAUCAAGAUGAAAGCAUUGAAGUUAUUGGUUUAUUUGAUCUACCAUGGGAAGAUAUCAUCUUUAGAUAUAUUAUGCCAUGCUUGCCUAUAUCCACACAAUUUAAACUUCGAAUUGUCUCAAAAGACUGUAAGGAACUAGUUGGUGCCUAUUUCCGAAGCUGUAAGACGUGCAAUAUAUGUAGGGUUGUUGGACAGAUUACGGCAAAAGCUUUUGUGAUACUGACAGAGGACAACACAUCGUUUACGUCUCUAGUACUCAGGAAUGCUCAGAAUUGGUUAUCAGAUGGAUUGUUAUUACCUGUAUUAGAACAUAAUUCUAAACUACAAAAAAUAGAUUUAACACAUUGUUCUUCAAUUAGUAACGCUUGUUUACACACAAUAUCUAUCAAAUGUUCUCAGCUCACGUCAUUAUCUCUACGUGAAUGUCACUGGGUUAGUGAAGCUGGAAUUACAGUGGUGCUAAUGAAUUGUCCUAAUCUAAAACAGCUUGAUUUAACAGGAUGUUGGUUAUUGAAUGAUGAUACUGUUACGUUAAUUGCACAAGUCUGUAAAAGCCUUAAAUUUUUAUCUAUAGCCAAGAUCUAUGGGGUGACAGACUUUUCUUUAAAUAUAUUGUCAAAAACAGCAUUAUCAUUACAGCAUCUAAAUGUCCAGGGCUGUUGGAGGAUAACCAAUUCUUCUAUAAUAGUUUUAGGAGAAUAUGCAAAAUGUUUAGAAGCUUUACAAGUAAGAGACUGUCGUGACAUUACAGAGGCAUCCCUGGCUAGAUUGCGGACCAGAGGUAUCAAGAUAGAUGUAAGACCACCACCAGAGGCUAGAAAUUUGAAUAUACUUCACAACGCAUUAGGACUAAGACAAAGACUAAAUGUGCAAAUAUAGUCUGAUUAAUGUACAUGUUAGACCACCACCAAAGGCUAAAAUUUUUAAUAUUAUUCACAAUGCAUUAGAACCAAGAUAUGGACUUAAUAAUGUGCACAUUCAGUAUUACUAAAAUGUUUAAAAAAAGAAACAGCAUGAUUUGAUUUUGAAAUGCAAACGCAUAUCAAAUACAUGUAGAACCAUGAAUAGAACAGUUGAACUUAAAAAGCCAAUCAAAUGUAUUAUGCAGAAAGCAACAGAUUACUACUGGUACAUCAGAACUUUUACAGUGCAGCAAUCACUUUUAGAGAACUUUAAAUGACCAAUAGUUAUGUUAUAUUAUUUUAAAAUUGCAUGUAGAUACAUGUAUGAUAAAAGUAUAUAACCGUAGCAUUUUGGAACUUACAGUUUUAAAGACAAACAAACAUCAUAAAGAUUCUUAUGUACAAUCUGGUAAUCUAGAAAAAAUAUUGAAAUCUGUAAACUUAAGGUUCCACUAAAGUCAAAAUAUAGGACACUUCAUAAACAUCUG